UGUGCAAUACAGUUAUUUGAGGACGGUGUAGAGAGAAAACGGUUGGACGGAAAAAUACCAAACUCAAAACCUAAGCCUGUUAUGACAUGACAAUGUGCUGAUUAGUUUUUGAGCCAAAUUGUGCAAGAGAAAGAGGAACUCCAGAGGAACUCUCAAAUACCGUCUAUAGCCUCUUGCCUCUUAAGUCAGAAGUGACUUUUUCAGUCCUUUUCUCACCAUGGAGGGCAAAGAAGAAACCAGUGACACAGACAGUGGGAUCAUUCUGCAGUCUGGCCCAGAUAGCCCAUUGUCCCCGAUGAAAGAUUUGACUGCUAUCACUAAAGCAGUAAAGCUACGGCAAGUAGCACUAGAAGAGAAGCUAAAAGCAUGCUUAAUGGAGCUAAAGAAUUUGUGUGUGCGAGAGGCUGAGUUGACUGGAAAACUUCCCAAGGACUUUCCACUGGAACCAGGAGAAAAGCCACCAACCAUCAGGCGCAGAAUAGGUGCAGCUUUUAAACUGGACGAGCACAGCAUUAAACGUGGAGGCGAGGAUCCUGUUCUAAGCUCUUUGGAAGCUGACCUUGCUCUGCAGCGUCAGAUUUAUGAAGCUGCCCGGCGACUGUCCCUGGAGGAGAAUAUAAGCAAACAGAUUAAAAAGAAUCGAAUUAACCAAUGUAAAAGAGAAGAGAAAAAGUUAAAGGACCUACAGCAGGCUGUGAAUGAGUAUCGACUGAAAGAGGGCUGUACACCACUUCUAAUGGCAGACAAGCUUUCUGAAGGUACUAAUAUAUCUGAUGACAGCUCUUUGUCAGAUGUGGCCAUUCUUGAGGAAGAUGAAGGGCAUCUAUCUAGUCACAUUCCUGGUUCCAGAAACAAUUCUCCUAUGCGUCCAGUGCCUCGCUACAGCUCACCAGUUCCCACUCCACAUCCCCCUCAGACACUUGAAGGGCUCAAACAGGGUUUAUACUGUCCUUCACAGUACGAGCGUGCCCCCAUCCAGAACACUGCCUGGCAUGAGUCCAGCCUUGACCAGCCCUACCAGAAGACAAAGAAGGCUUCAUCAUCUACAGCGAGCAGUCAGACCAGCAGUCCUUGCUUGACUCCAGUGCUUACACCAGUGGAAGGCCAGCAUGAACUAUCAAUUGCACUUCCCUUGACUCCUUUCAAGAACUUGUCCCUGCAGCAGGUCGGUUCAACGAGUGCACCAUCCACUCCAGAAAUACAAGGUCGCAGGGGGCACAGCCAGUCAAUGCGGCUGACCAAUGCUGAUCCUUCACAAGAUUCUCCAGAGCUGAGAGGACGUAGCCGAUUGCCUAGGAGGCGCCCCACAAAUUACACUGUAACUUCCCCAGAAUACUCCUCUCCACUGCCAAGAGUUACAAUGUCAAACCCUAUCUACUAUUCCAGCUCGGAGGAUAGCAAUUCUGAACACUCUGUUCCAUCAUACACUAGUUCUCCCUGCCGGGAAGCUUUACCUGAAUUCUGCAAACCAUCUCCACCACCUUAUCCUGGACCCCCUGUACUGAACAACGGCCAAAAAGUACAGUUUUUUUACAGGAAUAGGCAGAAUCAAUCUUCUCCAAAUUUUCUUAGACCAUAUAACUGUGGGGAAGGCUGCUUAAAUGCAUUUCAGGGUGACUGUGAUAAUUCAUUCCCCCAAGAACGACUUUACACAAAGGCCAGAACACCUUCACCUUCCUGGGAUCAACAUUUAUAUGGUGAUGCUUAUUAUGAGGAAGAAAGGAUGCCACAGGGAAUGCCAAGGGCAAUUCCCACUCAUGUCAGACUGGGCCGAACUCCUUCUUUGCGGGAAUACCCUCAGAAUGGAGCUAGAGUUUUGGCUAGAGAUUUGGUAUCAGAAGAACUGAAAUCAUGGCAUGAGAGAUCAAGGUUCAGGAACAGGCGUCCCCACUCACUAGACCGUCAAGGCGCUAUUAAGCUAAGGAGUGCACCAGGACAUGAGUCUCCAUUAACCAGACGUCCAACGUACCAUUCUCAUCAGCAUCAGGUUCCACAGAGAUUAAUCUUGCACAGAGCCCCAGAUGGCACACCAAUCCAGUGGUAUGAGGAAGAAGAUGCUGAAAUUGUCAGUCAGGUGUAGCAAAAGGUGGAUUUGGUGGAUUUCUCCCUGGGUCAUGUUGUCUGGCAUCAUUCUGUAAAUUCAGUACUUUCAUGGUUUACUGUUUAGGCUGGAGAUCUCAAAUUAAAGGAAGAAACUUUUGCUAUCCUUAAUUUUCUUGAUCACCACAACUUGAAUAGAUGUUUGAGCAAAAAACUUUGUAAUAACAUGGAAAUGUAGCUAGUUGUAAUGGAGAUAACAGAUGAUGGUUCCAGCGUUGAUCAUUGCUUAGCGACACAUCAUACAGCACUUGAACUACAGCUGCACGAGCAACCUGGCAGGCCAGGCCAAAUGAUUAGGACAGUUUGGCACAUCUGAAGUGGGAAGAGAUGAUGUCUUUGUGGCUGUGCACUACACUUCUCAUUUUUCUUUUUGGGAUGGUACAGAAAUGUACUGGGGGUUGAGGGCAAGUUAGACAAUUGUAAUAGUAUGGCAGCAGUUAAAAUAGAAUUUACUCUGCUUUGAGAAGGUAGAUCUGUUGGUGUUGUAUUUAACCCUGACAUAUGAGAAAACCUGAGAAGAUUUUCAUUUUCAGUGAUUAUUAUUAAACUGAAAACUUCAGAAAGCAAAAUUUUGUAGGUCAUGAUAAACUGCUACGUAUGGGUAAAAUAAAGUCCAUUUACAGAUGUGUUUACCCACCCUGAAGCCAUGUAGGACAAACGUCUGGAGUAUGAUCAUUCCACUCACAACGUGGGAAGUGGGUGGGACUUGGGUUAGAGGGGAAUCUUUCUGUCUCAUUUAAUCCAGCUUAAAAACCAUGAAUAGAUCACUAACUUGUUUUCCCUCAUGCACAUUAAGUAUGCAUAUGCCUAUCAUCAUACUCUUGACAGAUUCCCAAUUUAAUGUCUAGUAAUCCACUCUGUCAUUUUUCCUUAAUUUUCUAAAUGUGAAAUAUUUUCCUUCAUUUACAGUAAUCCCUCGCUACUUCGCGGUUCACUUUUCGCGGAUUCACGACUUCGCGGGUUUUUAAAUACAAGUGAUUGCCCGCCUAUCGCGGAAGUUAUGUUCCAGACCCAUCAGCAACAGGAGAAAAUCCGCG